GCACACACACACACAUACCAACAGACUCAUUGUCAUCGUGCCGGCGCGACUGCGCGCGAGCUCGAGCGAGAGAGAGACGGCCGCGGCGUCGGUGAAGGAUGGCACUAUGGUGGAUAGGCGGCGGCGGCGGGGUGGUACCGCGUCCGAAUGAUAAAGAUUUAUAAAGACUCGCACUGGCUCGCUACCAAGUACCAACUUACGAUAAUAACAAUAAUAAUACGAGAAAAAUAAAUAGUAGUAAUAGUACAAAGGAGUCAAGGUCGUCGACAAAAACGUCCCGCAUAAUAUUAUUAUUAGAUAGCGACGGCGGCAGUCGGCAUUUUGGCGGCUUGGCGGUCGUUUUUAUCGCUUUUUAGUGCGCCCGUUUGUAUAUUAUAGUGCGUGCGUGUGUGUGUGUGUGUGUGUUAGCGAUUGUAUGUGUGUGCGCGCGCGCGGUGAGUAAACAAAAACAACUCAAUAAAUAAUAAACGUUCAACGGACCAAGCGAGUGUUUCGACUUUUGACUUUCAAGUAUUUGUUGCGCGCGGAGACGAUCUGUGCACCUUUUUUAUUCGUUCGACCUCUCUUCCGCGUCCUCACGGUGCUCCAAUCGGCGCGGUGAAUACCUUUGGUCCGGAAAUUCGUCGUUAUUAAUCGCCAAUUUUUUACCGAUCGUCGGUGGACUGCGUCUGACCGUAGGCGUAUCGUUAAUUUAUCCCGGUCGGAAAUCGUCGUUCGCGAAUAGUAUUCCGAAGGUCGGUGUCGGCCACAGCUGCGUACCAUCUGGAUCCUGGACAAGGACCCCGUCCGUCCGUGUUGGACCCCGGUGCUUUUGUCGUGAAAAUGGAAAGUUCGACUACACACCUGAAUUCGAGUAAUUGCUGUUCACAACGAAUACGGUGCUGCCUAUACAACCGGCGGAUAUAAACGGUAUUGACGUUGUACCUUUGUUAUAUUAUCCAUCAUGAAACUGUUGGAGAGCUCGCAAUUAAUCGAGCUGUCGAGAGCACUUUGCGUUGACCGAGGAGAUGUUAAAGUUGUUGCCAGGAUUGAAAGCUAUUCGUGCAAAAUGGUAGGCGAUGAGAAACACAAGUAUAAAAAGUUUUACUCUCAGAGUGGCACACAGCCAGGUGACCUCGAAGCAUUGGGCUGUUCACCAAACAGUGAUCCGCGAUACGGAAGAAGUCUUAGUGUAUCAGGAGAUGAAGAAGUCUUGUUGUGUGAUACAAUAUCACGCAAAUCUUUAUUUUACUUAAUUGCAACACUGAAUGCCACAUUUGCACCUGACUACGAUUUCACAGAUGCCAAGUCGUCAGAAUUUAGUAAAGAACGUAGUUUGCAGUGGGUCAUGAGAGAUGUGGAUAAUAACUUAUCAGCAGUUAUUGUAGAACCUACUACAGCAACAUCAUGUGUUGGAUCUAAUCAAACUAUUUUGAAUCACCUACAAAGUAAUGCAACUCCCAAAAACUACUCACAGUUACGUGAUAAACUCUGGGAAGUUAUUGACAAAGAAAUUAGCAUGUCACAAUGUGACAUUUACAGCUACACACCUGACAUGCGAUCAGAUCCAUUUAGCGAAGAUGGAUGCCUGUGGUCAUUCAACUAUUUCUUUUACAACAAAAAACUAAAAAGAAUUUUAUUUUUUACUUGCCGACGCAUUAUUAGUUCUUCUUAUCCUAUGGACUUUGAUGGAUCAAUAGGACCUGGAUCAGACUCUAUGUUCUUGUCUGAUUAUUAUGAUGAUGGAAAUGCUGAUAGCAACAGUAGGCAUCGCAGAGAAAGAAGUCCUUUAAGCAGUAGUCGUCGUCGAGGUGGAAAUAGUAAUUUCUAAGUGACAAAAUUAAAAGGAAAAAUAGUCUAAAUAUAUUUUAACUUGCUGUCUCUCUUUUCUUUUUUAUGCUUUUAACUAGAUAUUAGUGAACAUCAGUUAAUAACUAUCAUUAUUCAAAAAAUAAUCAUAAUAUAUAGAUUUAUAAUAUUUACACAAAUGAUGUGUUAUUUUACACAUUUGCACAUUUUUAAUUGUUAUUAUGUGUGAGUGUAAUUAUACUAGGAUGUAAAUUACUUUCCAAAUGUUUGGUAAAACUAAGAUAUAGUGUGGUGGAUCUCAGUUAUUGCUUAUUUAAAUAGUCAUGAUUGACUUAUUGUCGCCGAUAUUUCGUUGAUAUUUAUUUAUAUUUGAAUUUAUUAACAACAAUUUUACUAAAGAUUAUUUAAGUAUAACAUUAUUAUAAUAUUAAAGGUUUAUAAAAUUAUAUUUCCAAAAAAUUAAUUUAAGUAUAUUUUAUCUAUAAAUGAAAUUGUUUAAAUUUUAAUAUUAUUUAUUACAGUAACAAAGUAUUAUUAUUAUACAUUAGUAGAUAGUAUUAUAUAAGAAACUGAUCUUUAUCCUGUAACUGUUUUAUUUUUUUUGUAUUGGUUUGAUGAAAUUUAGAUGAACAAAUGACUUAUUGUAUUCAAAAUGUAAUAGAUUUUAUUUGAAAAGAAAUAUAUUAUCAAAAAAUAAAUAUUAAAAGUAUGUUUUGAUGAAUUUGAUGUACCUGUUUAUGACUUAUUAGAAACAUAACUUUUUCGUUAUAAUUUAUAAGGUGAUAUUGCUAAAAUUAAUUUUUAUUUAUAAUUAUUAAUAUUUAAUUCUGUUUGUGUAAUACAAUAGUUGAAAAUUUAAAAUCGAUUUACGAGUGGUAGUUAUUACUUUUACAGAUAUAAUUUUAAACCCUGAUUUUAAUUUUUAAGACAAAAACCAACAUUCAUGAUUUUAUUUUUUAUUUGAUAAUUAUUAGUUUAUUGCAAGAAUUUUAAGUAAUAUAAUAUAAAUUAAUAAUCUUUGCACACUUUUUAGUCAAUCUAGUAAUAAUUAAUAAGUAGUAGAAUUAAGUACUAACUAUAAAUAAUUUAUUAAUAAAAUAUAUAUUUUUUAAUAUGAUUUACUUAUUGUUAAAUGUUUAUCAUGAUUGUAAUUAUUAUUUUAUUUAAUAACUUAUUCACACUAUUUUAAAGUAAAUAAAAUAAAAAGAAUUACCAAAAUAAAUGUGUAAAGAUAUAUACUGUAACAAAUUUAUCAUUUAAACAUUCACAGUCUGUACAAAAUUAUUUAAGAAAAUUUAAAUCAAAAGAAACAAUUUUCUUGUCUAUAAACAAUAAUUUUCAGAAUAU